AUGGAUGCAUUCAGAGGUGUCAUUAAAGGAGUUCGUGGGUUUUCCACCACGGUUUGCAGUAGUGCACGUGCAUACAAGAGUGUUGUCAACAGGCAGUUAAAGAAAACACCAGAGUACAAAGUUGGAGAUCCGAGAAGCCCAAGACUAUGGGUUCCAAAGGAGAUUAGCAAAUACCCAGCGUAUCCAUAUGGGGAGUCCAGACUUUUCAAGAGAAGUGACAGAGGCCUCUAUGGAGGACAAGUGGUUUCGUUUGGUAAUAAGGUCAGUGAAAUGGGCAAUAGAAGUAGAAGAUCGUGGUUGCCUAACGCGAUUGUCAAGAGUCUAUGGUCCGAAUCUUUGAACAAGGUGAUCAAGAUGAGGUUAACAGCAAGGGUUUUGAGAACAAUCACCAAGGAAGGUGGUUUAGACAACUACUUGACGAAGGACAAGCAGGCAAGAAUUAAGGAGCUAGGACUAUUUGGAUGGAGACUAAGACACGACGUCCUAAAGGCUAGAGCAUUGGCCAAGCUCCCUCCUAGAUACCAGGUCUUCAAGAAGGAAGACGGUUCUGAAGUCAAAGUUUACUUUGAUGGGGAAUACCAAGGCCAACCAGUCAAACUAACCAUCGGUAAGAGAAAGCUACUACAACAGUUAUUCCCGGCUGUUAAGAAUAAUACCGUUGGUAAUUUGUCAUUUGCAUCGUUCAACGUCGGACGUGCCAAUAAGGAUAUUGGAGAAAUCAUGGCCGAAUGUGAAAAAUUGAAUGUUGAUUUGAAGAACUACAUUUUAUAA